AUGUCGGGGUCAUCUUCACUUCGUCAUCUGCUCAACCCAGAGCCGAACACGCGAUAUCUUCCGCCACCACCUCGCGACCCACCACCACCAUCCUAUCAGCCGCGAGAGCCUUCAUUAUCAACAUCCGACUCCGACGCGGGAGAAGACGACGAAUUCUUUACACUUGAGGAUUCGGAAGCGGAAGACGACGAGGAUCCUACCAACAUGCCUCCCAGUACGAGAAAUACCUCCCGUCGCCAGAGCGUCGUCGACCUCACCGACACCCCCGCUACUCAAUCGUCGUCACGAAGACGCAAGCGCUCCGCAGAUGAGGGACCCGCACCAAAGCGCCCAAGAACCACCCGGAGACACAUUGAGGAGGUGGAUCUGGUGGAAGAGAACCCAUCGGUGGAGGAGGAACUUCGGCAAGCACAACAGCAGGCCACCAUUCGCGCGCAGCAGGCAGAAGUCGAUGCCGGUCCACAGAAGAUUGGCAAGUUGCAGUGCAUCAUCUGCAUGGAGACGUACACCAACGCCACCGCUACUGCUUGUGGUCRCUUUUACUGCCACGAGUGCCUGCAUCAAUCGCUCCUGGUUGGCGAGAGGGCGGAUGAGCGCAAAGGCACGUGUCCGGUCUGUCGCAAGUUCAUUUCGCGAAAGAAAAAGCUCGACAUCAUUCCCAUGUCAUUCAUGAAGAAGGAAACCUUUCUGAAGCAGAAAAAGGUGCAGAAGCACAAGGCCUGA